AUGGGCUUCCUCACGACCGAGGCCAGCAAAUCAGGCUAUACGGGACCGCAAUCAGGCAUCGCUGCUCUCAAGCUGCUCAGGUCGCUGCCAUCAGGGCAGCAUCAUGGUCAUACCAGGCUCACGGCAGUAGGCACUACUUCCAACACCUCGAAGAUAUCGAAUCGGCAGAGGGCGAGUAUCGAUCAGUACAUCAGCGACUAUUUCACGUACUUUCAUCCCGCCUAUUCGCUGCUUCACGAGGGUCUGUUUCGAGCCAGAUUGUUCGGAGCAGUCGCAAAGCCGCGAGAUGGAUCCUGGCCACUGCUUUACAAUAUGGUUAUCGCCAUGGGGGCUUUUGCCGGCGACUUGGCAGAUAGUGACAUCGACUGGCAUUUCUACCAGAUUGCACGAAACAGCAUAGCACUGUCUGUGAUUGAGAAAGGUUCGCUAUCUUACGUGCAGGGACUGGCCAUCAUGGCAAACUAUCUACAGAAGAGGGACAAGCCAAACGCAGGAUUUUCUCUCAUUGGUAUCGCAUGGUCUAUGGCUAUGGCGAUUGGCCCACACCGAGAACUUGGUACGGCCUCAACUACUUCAUAUAUCAUGGAGCAGCGCCGGCGAACCUGGUGGACACUCUUCUGCUUCGUCUCUGGUGCUCAACUGACACUUGGAAGACCACCAGCGUCCGGUGGGCAUCAACCUUAA